AUAGAAACCCGUAUACUUUGAUCGAGGUCCUCUUAUCUCCGUAUACUAUGAACAUCAACAAGACGUUGCAGCGAUAAAGAAGUCAGUAAUUUUUUGAAUCCUCUUCCAUCGACCAAAAUGAAGCUUGUUAGGUUUUUGAUGAAGCUCUCUCACGAGACGGUCACAAUAGAGUUAAAAAAUGGAACAACAGUGUAUGGAACAGUAUCAGGAGUGGACAUGAGUAUGAACACACAUCUCAAGUCAGUCAAGAUGACCAUCAAAGACAGAGACCCCAUCUCAUUGGAUACGCUUAGUGUCCGUGGUAACAACAUACGUUAUUUCAUCCUCCCCGAAAACCUUCCUCUAGAUACACUCCUUGUAGACGACACUCCUCGCGCAAAAAUCACCAAGAAAAGAGAAGCUGCUAUGGGUCGAGGUCGUGGCCGAGGCAGGGGGCGUGGUCGAGGUGGGCGUGGCGGUGGUGGCCCCCCCAGAGGAGGAGGAGGUGGACGUGGAGGAAGACGAUGAAUUUUCACCUGACAAUAUUAUUACGUGCAUUACACGUACUUUACACCUCUUCUUUCACAGUGUUCUGUUAUCUGUUACAAUGGUUUGUACUUAUCUAAUUCAACAACACUAAUUCAAUGAGUAAUACCUA